AUGACGUGUACGGCGGAUUGUGUGCAUGACAUCGAGGCGGAUUACGCCGCUUGUGAUUGCGCGCCAGACACUUUCAAAACAGAGAGCGACAUCUGCGCCCCGUGCCCCGAUGGUCAGGUGAAGCCCGCCGGCAGGACGCGAACUUCUGCAGAUUACGCCGCAGACGCAAGUGUCACGUACCACUGGCAGGGUUUUAAUAUGUCCUUGUGCACAGUGGUCGCAGCCGAACCCGACGAGGGGGUGCUCCUCAUCCUGAUCUGUGUCUUCGGGUCGCUCUUCGUAGUGCUCACCCUCGCUUGGGUCUGCUUCGGCAUGUACAAAGUGAGACAGAAGUGGAUCCAGAAGUCAAGAGCAGAGCAGCGCUACCUGACUCUUACCCAGGAGCGCAUUUCGAAAUCCUGCGCGGCGACACGGACUUGCAUGUUCAACGUCUGCUUCCUCAGGUACGCGACCUUCAAGCAGAGCGGCAAGCUCACCCCGCAUGAGGUUCACAGGGAGCGAGGGCAGCUUUUCUCCUUCGACACCUACGAGGCUGUCUACUCCUGGGUGAGGAUGCACGCUACCGUGUUCGUUUCGCACCAGUGGCUGGGCUUCACUGAGCCAGACCCAGAUAAUAUCCAUUUUCCAGCCAUCUGCGCGGCCUGCGAUACCAUUUGCGCAAAAGCUGGGUUGGAUGAAAGGGACCUCUACAUGUGGGUUGAUUACGUUUCUAUUCCCCAGAUUAACAAUUACCUCAAGGCGCUUUCCAUCAGUUCCCUCGCGGUCUACGCCUCCAUCGCCAAGUAUUUCGUCAUCGUCGCACCACCGUGCUUGCAUCAUGACAAGCUAGUGGAGUGCAAUUCGGCGACCUAUCAGAGGCGUGGUUGGUGCCGCUUGGAGCAGUGGGCACGCAUGACGGUCGGAGGACUCCGUGACAUGUACAUUUAUGAGGGUGGCAAUUUAGAGCAACUCCUGGACCGGCCUCAUUGGUACGAAGCAAGCGUUAAGGUAUUCGAAGGGGACUUCACAGUGGAAGCGGAUAAAUACAACAUCGUCGACCCUGUCAUGGGUUUGUGGUACAUCGCUCUGCUGAAUGCAGACAGGCAGAAUAUUGAUAGUCUUUUGAUAGAUCUAGUGAAUCAGAACAAGGAGAGCGUCUUCCCAGCUGCAUACUUUGAGGACUACAUCGGAAAGUUAGAGGCACUGGUUGAACAAGAGAAGGGUUCGUCACAGCCACGCGAUCAUUCAGUUCUCAUACAGUCGGUCAGUAGUUCUGUUGCUCUGUGCGAGGUCGUUGGCGCCCGCGAAGACCACAGGUGCAGUAACCCCUCAAAGAGAAUCAUCAGCGACGACAGUCCCCGCCAGGUGGAGAUCUGA